UUCCUUAAAAAAUCUUAAGCAAAUAAGCGUAGUAUGUAAUAGUAAGUGCUGUUUUACAGUUGAAAACUAGUUGUUCAGUUUAAUUAUCAAGUGAAGUCUGUACAUAUUGUCGGAUUACCAGUAACCGAAAAAAACACCAUGGAUUUCUCACCGAGUCCAGAGAGUGACAAUUCUGGCUACUAUAGGAAUCGGAGCCACCGGGACGAUCGAGACCGAAGCAACCGUGGACGCUCAAAGGAACGCUAUUAUCGCAACCGAUACAGUCGCAGCAGGUCAAGAUCUUACAGCAGAGAGCGCUAUAUUAGUAGCAAUAAUCGAAGAAGUCCAGAAAGAGAUCUCUAUCGAGACUUGAUAGAUCAGGAUUAUGGCGACAACUCCUACGAUAAUAGGGAUCGUGAUCGGUAUCGUCACAGAAGCCGAGACCGAGACCGUCGUUCAAGAGACAGGGACCGCAGAGAUCGCGACAAACCAAACAAGCGGAACUUUUCACCUGUACAAAACUCGAAUGAUUUUGAUGAUCAUUAUGACAGUGGCGACAAUCAAGACUUUUUUUACCAGCAGAAACCUAACAAUAAAAUUAUCGUUCGAGGACUAGCCGCUCAUAUAACAGAAGCGAAUAUUAACUGUGACCUUAUACAAUGUGGCCUGCAGGCAUUGCAUGUUCGAUUGAUACGUCGAAAGAAAACAGGUGCAUCGAGAGGUUUCGCAUUUGUCGAGUUCCGCACAGAAGAGGAAGCAACUCGCUGGAUUUGCUACAAACAGGGAGUGCUAAACUUCAACGACCAUCGCGCCGUUAUGCAAUAUACCUACUCCCUGCCAGCUGAAAUGCGUGCUAAGGAUAAACCGCAAACGGACUGGUACUGCGCUAAGUGUGGAGUAUUUAACUUCAAACGACGAGAAAAUUGUUUCAAAUGUUUUGCAUCUCGUGAAGAAAGCGAAAAAGGAGGUGAAGGAAGCGAUGAGAUUAGUAAUAUUCUCACCAAAAAAAUCAUGCUUCGGAAUUUGGACGUGCUGACAAACGAGGAAAGCGUUUUAUGUGCUAUGCAAGAUAAAAUUCCAGAACUUGUAUCAAAAAUUUCUAAGAUCAUGAUAUGCAGAGAUCCAUUGACACAAACCUCUCGUGGCAUUUGUUACCUGCAUUUUGAUAACUUAUUGGAUUCGAUGAAUACGUACAAUGCUUUAAGGGCAAUAGAACCCAUUCUGAAAAUUGAUGGUCGGGAAGUUGUGAUUACGUACUGUAUGGACACGGAGAACCGAAACCUGGUGAAAGGUGCUAAUGGCAGAGCGGCAAACAACGGAAACAGUUAUCAGGAUGCCGGUGUAGCUGGUGGUUCUGGAGUAGGACCAUAUCCGAGCAACUAUCAGUACACCUUGGCAGAUGUUCCGCGAUUAGCAGAAUACAGUGCUGCAGUUUAUGCAUCGAACCCGGCUGAACAUGAGCAUUACUUACAAUUUUAUACAAAUUACUACGUAACGCAAAUUUCACAGGGUCAAAUGAACAACUUUCCAACGGAGGCACAACUUGGGGAAACGGCCAAUUCCGGUGCAGCUGUGGCACAAUCAGCAUUGGCUCGUAAACAAAAUUCAAAAGCGAAAUUGGAUACCUCCGCCACAACUACCACAUCAUCUGGACCUGCUGCAAUUAUCGCACCUCAACCUUUGCAAAUCCCGAGUGGAACCGAUGGUAAAAAAUACCCGACCCCCGAUGUAUCUCAAUAUCAGUAUGACGAAACGUCCGGAUUCUAUUACGACCCAUCGACGGGUCUUUAUUAUGAUCCCAACUCGCAGUACUAUUAUAACAAUGAGACAUGUUCCUACCUCUAUUGGGAUACGGAAAAUAGUACGUAUGUUGCGGCUCCGUCGACGUCAGCGGCCGGUACUGCGUCGGCCUCCAGCGCAGCUGGAAGCACAUCGGUCUCCGCCAACAGUGCCGACAAGACUGAAAAGAGUAAAUCUAAAGACCAACCUCACGACAAGGUGAAGGUGGCGAAGAAAAUCGUUAAGGAUAUGGAAAAAUGGGCGAAGCAACUAAACCAGAAAAAGGAUUACAGCGUUCUGCAGCCACCGGCAAAGGUAGAAGAGGCAACGCUGUACUCAUCGCAAGGUCAAAUAUCGGUUAAACCAUCAGAAGCAUCCGGUGGUUAUGCUGAUGUGGGUUUUUCGCUGCUGGAAAAGAAGCAAAGUUCGCAGACUGUGACAAACUUUUUAAUGAAUCAGGGAAAAGCUUCUACCAGCAAAGCAGCUGCCAGUCAGAUAGUCUCUACUUACGGUGGAUCGGACUCGGAAAAUGAUAUUGAGGAAGGAUCGGGAGAACGGGAAUAUGUCGACUUUGAAAGACUUACUUGUUUGCUAUGUAAACGUGCAUUCCAAUCGCAGGAAAUACUCAAUAAGCAUUUGAAAAUGUCCUCGCUGCACAAAGAAAAUCUGCAAAAAAUUAAUCUUCAGAAAGGAAUUGGGGGCUCCGGUGGCAUGAAUAACAAGGGUGGAGCCUACCGAGAUCGAGCGAAAGAACGACGUUUAAAAUAUGGUGAAGCAGAUCCGCCACCGGUGAAUAAAAGCAAAGAAAGAUUCCAGCGCGAAUUAGAAAAGCAAACUCAAGCAGCGUACUCUGCGCCGAAUCUGGCAGCGGUUCCCAUCAGUCAAAAUAAUGUCGGAAAUAAGUUACUCCAAAAGAUGGGAUGGUCAGAAGGACAAGGACUAGGGCGAAGUAAUCAGGGUCGCACUAAUAUUAUUGAGACUGAAACGAGAAUUGCAAACGCAGGGCUGGGAAUUAAAGCGUCACAUUACGGAAACACUGGAGAUGAUUACAAAACGUACAUAAAAAAGAUGAUGAAAUCGCGUUACGAACAAGUAGAUAUCAAGGACUAGAACCUCUAUAUAGCUUUUUCGCUAGUUAUGUUCAAGAGUUACAACGGCAACGCUGGUAUCAGCGUUUCUAUGGUUUUAGUUUGCACUGUAUAAAAUGAAAGCCC